GACGACGCGCCGCGCGCCUGCGCACGGCUUCCCCAUGUGUGCUCCAGCCGUCAGCCGGCCCAGCUGAGCAGCAGCAACGGACCUUGUUACCGGCGCGGCAGCCUCCACCGCCUGCUGUUGCCCUCCUCUCUUGGUGGUCUGCCGCACGGCGCACGUCGCCAUGGGCAAGAGCCGGACGAAGCGCUUCAAGCGACCUCAGUUCUCCCCUACGGGCGACUGUCAGGCCGAGGCGGCUGCGGCGGCGAAUGGGACCGGAGGCGAGGAGGACGACGGGCCGGCGGCGGAGCUGCUGGAAAAGCUCCAGCACCCGAGCGCCGAGGUCCGCGAGUGCGCCUGCGCAGGGCUGGCCCGGCUGGUGCAGCAGCGGCCGGCACUCCCGGGCCUGGCGCGACGAGACGCCGUGCGCCGCCUGGGGCCGCUGCUGCUGGACCCCAGCCUGGCCGUCAGGGAGACUGCAGCCGGCGCGCUGAGAAAUCUCAGUGCUUGUGGAGGUUUUGAAGUUUGUGAUGACAUGGUGACUAAGGAUAUCAUGACCCCUCUGGUUGCGCUGCUAAAAGAGUGUAGUGCUGGACUGGAUUCAAAUGAGAUGUCUCCACAGGAGAAAAAAGAUCAGAACAGAAAUUCUAUUGAGAAUAUAGCCAAUGAGGCUGUGAACGUGCUGUGGAAUAUAUGCAUAUUGUUUGCAGACAGUGACUGAGGAUAACCCAGAGCUGCUGAAGUCUUUCAGUCCUACAGCAUUGAACAUGCUGGAAUCAGCACUGCUUUCUCCUGUCAGUUCCAUGGAAUCCCUUCUAUUGAAGACAUUGGUAACAGGCACAAUUUGGAAUCUAAAGGACAUUAUUCCAUGCAAGAGUCAAGCAGAAAUUAUAAAUGCCUUACUAAAGAUCUUAUCUGAAGUUUUGGGAAUGGAUGCUGGUGAAAUGGUUAUUCAAAUGAAAGAGGCUGAAACGCAAAGGUUAAAAACUGCUGCAGAGGUUGAGGAAAUAUUAGAGAACACUAAUGGGGAUGAUUUGAUUGAAGAUGAUGAAAUGGAAGGAAUUUCUCAUAAAAGAAAAGUCAGAAGGAAAACUUUCGUUUCAGAUUUACUUCCGCCCACUGACAAGGAACUGAGAGAGACUAUAGCAUUGCUGACAGCCCAACAGACUGCUCUGGAAAUUAUUGUCAACAUGUGCUGCAAUGAAGAUCCCUCUGAUGACGAAUGGGAAGAGCUUUCUAGCAGUGAUGAAAGUGAUGCAUUUAUGGAGAAUUCCUUCAGUGAGUGCGGGGGACAGCUGUUCUCUCCCCUCUGCCUCUCCCAUGAGGUUCACACGGCUCUCACCAACUACCUCAUCCCAAAGAAGAUUUUUGAGAAAACUGCCUUUCCAAACAGCAUUGCAGUUGACCUAUGUUCUAGGAACCCUACUUGGAAACCUUUGAUUAGAAAAAUGAACACUAUUCAGUGCAGAGCCCUCUUCUGUCUCCAGAGUCUUGUGUCCCUCCUGGAUGUGGAGCACCUGGGAGGAGCCGCAGCCCUUCAGACACUUGCACAGCAUCUGUCACAGCUGCUCUUUUCUCAACCAGAUUUUGCUAAACAUGUUGACUUUCUAGAAGCCAUAAGUAGUGCUUUGAGGGCCCUUUUGCAAACAAUGGCCUCCAAGAACAUUUCCCAGUGCAUGACUCCUGAUCAGCUGAUGACAUUAUGCAAAGCAGGCAUUCAUAGUAGUAAUGUCGGGGUUAGAGUGAAUGUUGUCAGCAUUUUAGGAAUCACUGGCAGCGUCCUUGCCAAAGAAGAUGGUACACUUGAAACUCUUAAGGACAUUGGGUGCUUUCUGCUUGAAGUUACCACCAAAGAUCCUUCCCUUGUGGUAGCAGGAGAAGCUUUGGAUGCCCUCUUUGAUGUUUUUGCAGAUGGUAAAGAAGCCGAAAGAGCCUCGAUUCAAAUUAAAUUAUUAUCUGCUCUGAAAGAAUUCCAGCCAGUCUUUAAAAUGAAGAUACGUAAAGAAGGGAGAGGUAACUAUAGCACAGAUCAGCUGUGUGUUCUUGACAAUGUGAAAAUGAAUUUGAGAAGAUUUAUUGCUUAUCAAGAAACUGUUGAGAAAAGACUGACUCCUUAAACAAUCCAAAAAAGAAACCAGUUCUUCCCCCAAAGUAUUCAAUGCUUAGAAUACUAAAAAGUUUUCUUUGAAUGUAUAUGUUUCUGAAAGUCAUUUUUUAAUGCUUACAUUCUGUACAUUCUGUAAAAACUUCAAAACCAGGCCAGGCACGGUGGCUCACGUCUGUAAUCCCAGCACCUUGGGAGACCGAGGCAGGUGGAUCACUUGAGGUCAGGAGUUUGAGACCAGCCUGGCCAACAUGGUGAAACUGCAUGCAUGAGCAUGGUGGCACAUGCCUGUAAUCCCAGCUACUUGGGAGGCUGAGGGAGGAGAAUUGGCUGAACCUGGGAGGCAGAGGUUGCAGUGAGCUGAGAUCACGCUACUGCACUCCAGCCUGGGCGACAGAGGGAGACCCUGUCUCCAAAAAAAAAACAAAACAAAAAACAAAACUUCAAAACCUGUCAGAAACUCUGUUGUUGGUUUUUUUGUGUGUUUUUUGUUUGUUUUGUUUUGGUUUUUUUGUUUGUUUUUGAGAUGGAGUCUCACUGCUGCCCAGGCUGUAUUAACAGUGCUGCGAUCUUGGCUUACUGCAACCUCUGCCAUUCCAGAUUCAAGCGAUUCUCCUGCCUCAGCCUCCCGAGUAGCUGGGAUUACAGGCACCUACCACCACACCUGGUUUUUGUUUUUUGUUUUUUGUUUUUUUUUUCAGUAGAGACGGGGUUUCACCAUGUUGGCCAGGCUGGUCUCGAAUUCCUGACCUCAAGUGAUCCACCCGCCCUGGCCUCCCAAAGUGCUGGGAUUAUAGGCAUGAGCCACCGUGCCUGGCCAGAAACUCUUUUUUAAGUGUUGAGAUCUGUGUGGCAUUUCUAGGGCUCUCUAAAUUAUGUCUCCGGCAUAUAUUAAUCACUGGAAACUCAGAGUGGAAGAGUGGAAGUGCAAAGGAAUCUCAGGUAGCUCUUAACUAAUUCGCCAGCAGUGAAGAAACUUCAAACAAUCAUGUUUUCCUUGAAUUUUGCAAAAAAAGACAAUCGAAAGCAUUGCUUGGAUGGUCUUUUAAGGCAUUUUAUAUCAGCUGAACCUUAAACUGAAAUAUGAAGACAAGCUUUAUAAACUAGUUUUUUGAUAUGAAGUAUAUCAAUUAUGUUUGCCUUUUGUGAAGAAGUAAAUGAGUUGAAUUUGUAUUUCACUUACUAGAUUAUACUAAUGAGCUAAUGGGGUCAUUGCCAUCCACCCUACUCAUGACUUUGAUGAGUUAUUGCUGUAACAUCACUUCUUGAUUUAAUUUGAUAUGGAAUCAGAAUUGGGAGAAGGUAUUUUUUAAAUAAACAACUUUCUAAUGGGAAGUUUUGUGUCUUACAAAAUCUUUUUUAAAAUACCAAAUAAAGGAUUAUUAGUAGAAAAUGAGAUGAUACUAUUCCUGGAUAUUUGUUUGCUAAUGGAUAUUGCUUGGAAUAUAUGUGAGACAUUAAAAAAAUGACAGCACGACUUUGCAGCAUUACCUCUCAAUGUCUUUGAAGUACUAGGUGACAGCUGGGGCUCGAGGGAGUUUCCCUGUGCAUCAUUACCUUGGUUGGGCCUCUGAACCGGCUUCAUUGUCCAUCCGUUUGCCUGAUGAGAAGGGAAAUUUGAAAAUUUCUGUACAGUUGAUCUCAGUUGCCCUGAUAAAAGGCCCAAUCCCCAGUACAAGACUUAAUUAAUUCACUGCUUCCGUAGCAGCACAAAAUGAGCUAGUAGUGUUAGAUUUCAUCUGCACUGUGAGGUAUUUUACAGUUUUUACCUAUAUGAUAUAGACUGUUGGGAAACCAAGAUUGUUUCCCAGCCCUAAGAGUUCCUAGCCCAUGGCACCACGUCAAAUAACCCAAAUUGUGUAUAUGGUAGGAAAACGGAAAUGGCAUACCACAUACAACACCUUGCCUUAUUAUGGUCCUUGCUCAUUAAUUUUAAGGUAUAUGUGUAUGUUUAGUGAUCAUUUCAGCUAAAUGAUUGGCCCAAGCAUGUCUCCUUGGAGAACGAUUCUUCCAAAAAAGGAAGUAUUAGAGUUCUCUCUGCCUCAGUUACUUAUAAAAUAUAAUUAUUUUCAAGGAGAAGAAAGUUCCUCAUUCUGUUUAUUCUUCCCCACAGUUUCUGACCUAUAAACAAUAUCCAGGAUAUUUAGCACAGGACCUAGUAUAUAGUCGACUCUUGAUAAAUAAUGCUGGUGAUUUUCUCGUU